AUGCAAAUUUUCGUUAAGACUUUGACAGGCAAAACUAUCACUCUUGAGGUAGAGCCUUCCGACACUAUUGACAAUGUCAAGUCAAAGAUUCAAGACAAAGAAGGAAUUCCUCCAGAUCAACAGAGAUUAAUUUUUGCUGGAAAACAACUUGAAGAUGGAAGAACUCUUUCUGACUAUAAUAUCCAAAAGGAAUCAACUCUCCAUUUGGUUCUUCGUCUUCGUGGAGGUAUGCAGAUUUUUGUUAAGACCUUAACAGGUAAAACUAUUACUCUUGAAGUUGAACCAUCUGACACUAUCGACAACGUCAAAUCAAAAAUUCAAGAUAAGGAAGGAAUCCCUCCAGACCAACAAAGAUUAAUUUUUGCUGGAAAACAACUUGAAGAUGGAAGGACUCUUUCUGAUUACAACAUUCAAAAAGAGUCAACUCUUCACUUAGUUCUUCGUCUUCGUGGAGGUAUGCAAAUUUUUGUCAAGACUUUAACAGGAAAGACUAUUACUCUUGAAGUAGAACCAUCCGACACCAUUGACAAUGUCAAAUCAAAAAUUCAAGAUAAGGAAGGAAUUCCACCAGAUCAACAAAGAUUGAUCUUUGCCGGAAAACAACUUGAAGAUGGAAGAACUCUCUCUGACUACAAUAUCCAAAAAGAAUCUACUCUUCAUUUGGUUCUUCGUCUUCGUGGAGGUAUGCAGAUUUUUGUUAAGACCUUAACAGGUAAAACUAUUACUCUUGAAGUUGAACCAUCUGACACUAUUGACAACGUUAAGUCAAAGAUUCAAGAUAAGGAAGGAAUUCCUCCAGAUCAACAAAGAUUAAUCUUUGCCGGAAAACAACUUGAAGAUGGAAGAACUCUCUCUGACUACAAUAUCCAAAAGGAGUCAACUCUUCACUUAGUUCUUCGUCUUCGUGGAGGUAUGCAGAUUUUCGUUAAGACUUUGACUGGAAAGACCAUCACUCUCGAGGUAGAACCAUCCGACACCAUCGACAAUGUUAAAUCAAAGAUUCAAGACAAAGAAGGAAUUCCUCCAGAUCAACAAAGAUUAAUUUUUGCUGGAAAACAACUUGAAGAUGGAAGAACUCUUUCUGACUAUAAUAUCCAAAAGGAAUCAACUCUCCAUUUGGUUCUUCGUCUUCGUGGAGGUAUGCAGAUUUUUGUUAAGACCUUAACAGGUAAAACUAUUACUCUUGAAGUUGAACCUUCUGACACCAUUGACAAUGUCAAAUCAAAGAUCCAAGAUAAGGAAGGAAUUCCUCCAGACCAACAAAGAUUAAUUUUUGCUGGAAAACAACUUGAAGAUGGAAGAACUCUCUCUGAUUACAAUAUCCAAAAAGAGUCAACUCUUCACUUAGUUCUUCGUCUUCGUGGAGGUAUGCAAAUUUUUGUCAAGACUUUAACAGGAAAGACUAUUACUCUUGAAGUAGAACCAUCCGACACCAUCGACAAUGUUAAAUCAAAGAUUCAAGACAAGGAAGGAAUUCCUCCAGAUCAACAAAGAUUGAUCUUUGCCGGAAAACAACUUGAAGAUGGAAGAACUCUUUCUGACUAUAAUAUCCAAAAGGAAUCAACUCUUCAUUUGGUUCUUCGUCUUCGUGGAGGUAUGCAGAUUUUUGUUAAGACCUUAACAGGUAAAACCAUUACUCUUGAAGUUGAACCAUCUGACACUAUUGAUAAUGUCAAAUCAAAGAUUCAAGAUAAGGAAGGAAUCCCUCCAGAUCAACAAAGAUUAAUUUUUGCCGGAAAGCAACUUGAGGAUGGAAGAACACUUUCUGAUUACAACAUUCAAAAAGAGUCAACUCUUCAUUUGGUUCUCCGUCUUCGUGGAGGUUCUUUAUAA